AAUGGAGUGUGUUGACAAAUGUAUUUGUUUCCACACUUUUCAAAGAAACCAUUUCACUUCGGAAUGAUGAAUUACCUUGUGUUGGUCUUACACAUAAAACCUAAAUGAAAUAAAAGGUUGGGGCUAUAAUGUGACAAAAAUAGAAAAAUAAAUGUUCAAGAGGCACAAACAUUUACACCUUCGUACAGCACUUCAUACUGACAGAGCUCUCGCCGCUCCUCCGUCUGGAAUGAGGUUUAUCUUGAUCAAACCUUCAGCCCCUUCAGGAUUCCUGGUUUUAAUUCUUCUUCUAGUUCUGUCGGCUCACAGAGAGCUUUAAACGCCUUCGUGUUUUACUCUGGCUGACAUGGCUCAUCAGGGAAAUCCUGAGCUCAAGGAGAAAUUUUGCUGCAUGAUCUGCCUGGACCUACUGGGGGAUCCGGUGAUACUUCCUUGUGGGCACAACUACUGCAAGAAUUGCAUAGAGGGCUGGUGGAAUGAAAAGGAGCCGAGUGACACGUACAGCUGUCCUGCAUGCAGACGGAGCGAUAGAUCCAGGCCUAAUCUGGCAAGGAACACUCUGCUAGCAGAAGCGAUAGAACUGCUUGGAAAGAGUCCAGCUGCACCUGAGCUUUGUUCCUCUUCUGGCCGUGAAGAUUUCUGCUCCAAUCACAAGGACGAGCAGAUGAAGUUAUUCUGCCGCACUCAUCAGACAUGCAUCUGCGGCCUCUGUUCAGUGGAGGAGCAUAAAGGUGAUGACAUAGUGUCAGCUGAAUCGGAGAGGACUGAGAAGCAGAGAGAGAUUCACUCAAACCUCCAGGAGAUUCAGGAGAAAAUUAAAGACAGAGAAGAAGACAUUAAGAAGCUUCAGCAGAAGAUGGGGGCUAUUGAUGCCUCUGCUGAGGAGGCAGUGAGGAAGAGCAGCGAGAUUUUUGCUGAGCUGAUCGACCUGUUGAAGGAAAGAAGCUUGGAUGUGAAGCAGCAGAUCAGGAGGCAGCAGAAAGCCGCAGAGAGUCAGAUCAAACAGUACAAAGCAAGACUAGAGACGGAGAUCUCUGAGCUCAGAGGGAGAGAAGAGGAGCUCCAGCAGCUGUCCCACACAGACGAUCACAUCCACUUCCUCCACAGCUUCUCGCUGCUGGGAAAACCCGACAAAGCCACAGAUACGCUCAAAUUUAAAGAAUCUGCUCCGUGUUUCUUUAGGGAUCUGACAGCAGCGGUAGCAGAAGCUGGAGGCAAACUGAAGCGCUUUGUUCAUGAGGAAACCACGAAGACGUCAGCGAUGGAGAUGGAGCUGAAUGUGGUGAUGUCACCAGCUGAGCCCAAGAGCAGAGCGGACUUCCUGCAGCGUUCCCAUCAGGUCAGCCUGAACCCGAACACGGCCCACAGAAAGCUGCUUCUGUCUCUGGGAAACAAGAGAGUCACACGCAUCAACAAAUUCAUAAGUCCUCUUCAUCCUGACAGAUUCACAGAAUGGACUCAGGCCCUGAGCACAGAGAGCUUUACUGGCUGCUGUUACUGGGAGGUGAAGUGGACUGGGAGAGUUACCAUAGCUGUGGCGUACAGCAGGAUGAGCAGAACAGGAAGGCAGAGUGAGUUUGGGAGCAACACGGAGUCCUGGGCUUUGGAUUGCUACAGAGACUGUUUUGUAUUCGGACAUGACGGAGUAAAAACGUGCGUGUCCGGUCCCCAGUCCUCCACGGUGGGCGUGUACCUGGACCACACAGCAGGGAGCCUGUCCUUUUUCAGCGUCUCCGACAGCAUGGAGCUCCUCCACAGAGUCCAAACCACGUUCACUCAGCCUUUACAUGCCGGGCUUUGGGUCGGUGUUUGUGAUGGAUCUACUGCUGAGUUCUGCUAACAGUUUUUACGAGGCAUCUUGUGAGACCGGAUGAAAACAGAAACACCCCAUGCUCUGCUGUUUCCCAUAGAAGAAGAUUGGGGCUGAAAGUUUUCAGGAAAUGGGCUAAUGUCUUCCAGGGGAGCAGGUGGAUUCUUUGAUAAGCAGGGGGGAAAAAAACAUGUUUAUUUUAAAAAGAAAACAGACGAGGCAGAAAUGUCAGUGUUUUAUUCAUGGACUUAAAGCCAAAAUUGAGAUAAUGAACUAACUAUGCUUGAAAUAGAUGUAAAAUAUGUCUUCAUCUUCUAUA